AUGUAUCAGGAGCCUGGGGCAUCUCACGCAUGGGGGACAAAUAAUGAGGAGGAAACGGGAUCAGCCGUCGGGGUCGUCUGGGUUGGACCCACGUUCCCGUCUCAUCCCAUGGCUGCUCAGCUGCUCCUGUCAUCCAUAUUUGCAGCCUCAGUGGACAAUUUCCACAGCCGCGGGCCCCCUCAGUGCUCACAACAACACAUAGAUCAAUCAUGUCAACAUCCUCGUAUCUUCCUUCACAAUCUGACCUUGACAUUCCCAGGUGGCAUAGCGGCUGCCAGUCAGAGGAGCUGGGAGUCAGGCACUGCUAGGAGAGCAGAUUAUGAAGCGGAGCUCAACCAGCGGCAGUCUCCUCUCAUUGUCUCAAUGGCUACACACGCAUUCCUCCUCUGCUCCCUCGCCUUGCUGUCUGCUCUCAGCCGGCCUGGGCUCUCCUUCACUGACGAAGAGUCGCAGCCAGGGCUCACCUAUGAUGAAGUGCCUGAAAUCCUGGACAGAAGUGGCUUCUGUGUAGAGAUUAGCAUGCCAACCCAGAUGAGCCAUAAGGACAGGCUAGGACAGACCACACAGCCAAUGGGUGGACCAUCACUGCAGGCAGAGCUGGCCAUGUCAGCGCCGCUCACAAAGAGGACCCUAAACAAGCAACAAGAGUCAGAUCAACCUUUUAACUGGCAUCAGCCAGGGAUGUCUCACAGUAAGAGGAAGCUGCUCCAGUCUCUGAUGGGGCCUUAUGGCCCUCUGAGUGUGUCUUACAAUGGGAAGACCUGCAUUCUGUUCAAGGCAAAGCGCCUGGCAAUCCGCUACAGGAACCACACCUUUAUUGAUCUGACUGAGAGAGUCUUCAACCCCAACUCACCCGUGGACACUAAGGGCUCCAUCUGCACCAAGGAGAAAGCAACGCUUUCAUUAAAGUUUGGUGAUGUGGAGGACUUGAGAGGUCUAGUAAUCAGGCUUCAAAUGUCAAAUACUUUUUACGAGGCAGCUGGUCAAAACUGGUUUACACUAGACAGCGUUCACAUUCACUACAACUGGACCCAGGAGGCUACAUUCAACGCCAGUGAGGUCUACGCUCCUGCCACUUCAUCCUACCAUUGCCAGCACGUCAGCAGUCUGCACAAAUAUGACACCCUGCUAGUGCCCAGCUCCCACACUGACACAUCCGCUAACUGGCACAUCACUUUCACUGAUUUCCAGAUCCAGGCCUUCAACGUGCAGUCGGACAAGUUUGCGUCAGCCAGUGACUGUGCCACUUUCCUGACGCCAGCCAUUCUGAUGGGCUUAGUGACAUCUUUGAUCCUGCUACUUGUUUUAGCCUAUGCCCUGCACAUGGUGGUACACCUCAAGCACAUCGACCGCUAUGAGGAGCACAAAGCCACUGUUUACUUUCCCCGUAGUCCAGAGGCUGAGUUGCCAGACAAGAACAGCCUGUGA